GCAUAUCACUCCUCGGACCCCGCGAUCUUUGUCUGCUUAUUACGUCGAUGUGAUACAAUAGUUGCAAAUAUACAACAAGUAACAUCCGUGACCGCAGAACCGAACAGUACGUACUCCGUAGCAAGUUGUGAAUUCAUUAUCAUCGAUUCCAUUAGUCAUUGUCGUCUGAUCAAAAAUUAAAGAACACAUUUUUCUUCUUAUCCAACGUCAAUUGCGUCACCGUCUGACAUCUACUUUUGCCCAUCAGUCUUAAACUCGUACAGAUCAAAACAUUUAUUGAACCAUAUAAUAUAAUAUAUUGACCUUUCAAUUGACUUGCAAAAUUCCUGGUAAGUGUCCAAGUUGACCAAUUGGCUGCCUGUUUUGAGUGGAUUUGUACGUGCAGCAAUGGGAGAAGCAGGCGAAGAAGUCCAAUUAUAUGUUUACGAUUUGACCGGUGGUAUGGCCAAAACCCUGGGCCAGUCACUGUUACAAAAAAAUAUUGAAGGUAUUUGGCACACCGCAAUAAUAGUAUUCGGUAAAGAGUAUUUUUUUGGCUCCAAUGGGAUAUCAGUAUGCGAUCCAGGCACCACAGCCUUGGGAAAUCCACUACGUACCCAUAGUUUGGGAAAGACGUGUUUGCCGGAAGACGUGUUUCAAGAGUAUUUGCGUGGACUAGAACAGGAUACAUUCUCCGCAGACAAAUAUAAUUUAUUGCGACACAAUUGCAAUAAUUUUAGCAACGAAAUUAGUCAGUUUUUAUGCGGGAAUUGUAUUCCUAGUUACAUUUUAGACUUACCAAACGAGAUACUUAACACUCCUUUUGGUCAACAAUUGGCACCAAUUUUAGAAUUGUUCUCCAACAGUAUUGGUAUACAUCCAGGCGUAAGGAGAUCCGCAUCCGAUUUCGAAUCUCUUAACAACGAUAUCGAUUCCGCCAGAAAACAAUCAGCGUUAUUAGAAGAAAAACGCAAUAAGUUAAACGAGAAACUAGAAAAAAGAGAUAAAAGAAAGAAGAAAAAGAAGAACAAGAACAAAAACUUGAGUGAUCAGUUUUGUACUGAGUCUGAACCCAGCUCCAGCAGAUACGGUGAUAAUCGUAAAAGAAUGUCUGAAAACGGGACAAAUGGAGUAAAUGCGGAGAACGAAGUUCUCCGUCCCGCAGCCGUAAUUGACGAUAAUGACGCGGAAGACUUGGCAAGGAAGGAGCUAGAGUUAAAGCGUAAAGAACGCGACCCACCUAUAGUGUUCCAGGAUACCAUAAACGUACAAAAUGAAUUGGAACGAUUAGUUGGUUUGAUCGAUGGCCGCAUAAAUCCGGACGACAUGCAGUAUGUUGCCGAACUCGAUCAGUACAUGUUGGAGAACGAAGGCUCUUGGGCUCUGGGCGAAGGUUUCCUGUCAUUUGUCGGUAGACUAUUAAACGACAGUCAGCUAGUUUCGGAGGUUCGCGAGACAAUAUUAAACAUUUUGGCUGCGGCCGCACUUAAAGAUGAUAUCAUUUUAGUGUUGCACCAAGACAGAAGGGAGCAUAUACUUAUGAAUUACGCUAACGGAUUCGAUAAACUUCCUCUGCUUGAACAAUUAGCUCUCACUUUAUUUAUGUGCAAUUUGUUCGAGAACAGCAGCACUUCUGAAUGGCUUUUAUACAUAUCUGAAUGGCAGCUAGGUUCCGGUUCGGUGAGCAACAUUCGGGUGACAACUAAGGUGGCGGUGAAUUCGUUACUGUCCGAAGACAAGGUUCUGCAAGACCGAGGUACAGCCUUGGUGCACAACUUGGCCUGCAAGGAGAAAAUGUUAAAAAACCAAAACAUUCGAAGACUGUUACCCGUGGGAUCGUUUUUUAAGGUGUUCGAUGAUGUAGUUGUGGAACUUGCUAUGGCUGUUUUACAGUAUUUCAACAGCAAACCCAAUGAAGAGCAUAGUUUUAGAUGUAUGAAGUCUCUGGCCAGAUUUUGUCAAAUAUCUAGGCAGGAUGUACCACAGUUGGUACAAAUGAUCGGGCCUCCACCAUCUGCUUUCAAAGGCAUAUCAAAUAGAAUUGACGAACAAAUCACUGAAAUUCAAAAUUAUCUACGUUGAGAAAAAAAUGUAAAUUAAUUUUAUAGAUAAAAGCAUUUUUUAUGAUAAUUUUUUAACUCUAAUGAUAUAUUUUUAUACGGAUUGUCCAAAUUAUUAACUUGAUAUUUAUUAGUCUUAAUUUUGUUUUUUGCAUUUCAACAUUUAAUAUAUUUUUCAGUUAUUUUGUGUUCUAAAUUAAAACAUUUAUUUAACUACAUUUGAGUUUAUUUUGAAGUUUAGACCUAAUUAAUAAUUCAAAUACACACAUUUAUUUAAGAUUAUAAAAAAAUUAAAAAUUAAUGUACCUAUAGGUAUCUACAUCAUAAUUCUUAACCAUAACCAUUACAACUGAUUGUGAAUACUAUAGAUUGCUCACUGCAGUAUAAAAUACGCUGCACUAAAUUUACUAGCGAUCCUGGUUUUAUUGUUGUACUGAAGUGAGCAAUCUAUAGUAUUCAUAAUCAAUGGUAAUACUUAUGAAUUAGUUUUAUUUAUCAUAAUCAUAAUAAAAUACUAUAAUAAUAUUUAUAGAUACUCUUGAGAAUAUGCUGCAAUUCUAUUAUAAACUUAGUUUAGAAAGUAGACAAUUAAAUGUGUUACAUGUAUCUACAAAUAGUGUUAUGCAAACAUAACUAAAAAUAUAUCUAGCUUAAGAUAAAAUUUAUCUUGUGACCGUUAAAAUAUAGUUAAAAUAUAAACUAUCUAAAUUAAAAUAAAUUAUGUAGCACUGUUAUAUGGAAUUCUAUUACUUAAAAACAAAAUAUAAACAUUUAAAACUUUUUUAAUUUAUAUAUACUCUUAUCAAUAACUAUUAGUUUAUAUUGAAAUAUGGAAUUAUAUUAAGACCUAAUUAGCUUAAUUUUGAUUCUGGACGAAGCGAUAAAUAUAUUGAUUUUAUGAUA